GGGAAUAAAAAAAACAACAAAAAUUGUUGUUUUGAACCGCGGACUGGCGACGAGUGAUUGUGCGUAAGCUCGGCCAUCCUCCGCCACCGCCGCUAGUCCCGAAACCCAAUCUAGAAAGUUCACCAAAAUUCGGAUUGCUAUCGGCUGGUGGCCCCCUUAUCGGACACUGUUGCACCGAUGGGUCUUUUCUGAUUACGCAAAGUGUGCCUACCUCUGCCGGAUCAGUUGUUGACGAGCCUUCUUAGCAAGCGCUGCUAGAAGAAAGUGCGAUAAGUGAAGGGACAAAAAGCGAUGAUACGCUCGAUGAUGUUUUUGAAGUGAAACUCCAAUCGUUAAGCACUGCACUUCCAUUAUCAGUCAAGUCCGAGAGAGGGAGAGAGUGUGUGGAUUACAUCGCGGAACGGUUUUACGCAUCGCUGUCCGAUUCGCCAUUCGAAUCACGUUCCUUCGGCUCCAUAAUCGCGAGCAAUCGGUGUACGAAGGCAUCUUAAGCGGGCAGAGGAGCUGACACAAAACUGGUUUACUAACCAACCGGUUAAGCUGCGAUCUUCCUAUCUGCAGUAGCAGUCGUAGCACCAGCAGUUCCAGCAACACUUCAAAAUGCAAGUCCUUAGCAAGAUGACCUCGGUGCCCGUCACCUGCAUCGAGUACGCACAUCCAUGGACAACGUCGUGUACGGUGGCGACAGCAGAACUGAUGAUCGUCGGCGUACAGUACUGUUUGCGGAUUUAUGCGGCUGUCUAUGCGCUAUCCCUGGUGAUGCGUGGCCGUAUACCGACGCUGGCAGAGCUGAAGAAAACGAUUCGAGGCUGGCUGCAAUCGACGGCAUUCCUCACCACAAAUGCCUACAGUUACAUGAUGCUCACGUGCCUGGUGCGCCGGAUGCUUGGUUCAUUUAACUUCUACACCGUCUCGUACCUGCCGGCUUUUUUGGCCGCCUUCGUUUCGAUUAUGGUCGAACGGUCCUCGCGAAGGGGACUGCUUGCACUGUACGUAUCGAACGUGGCCACGGAAACGCUCUGGAACAUACUGCAGUCACGCGGUCUAGUGCGAUCGAUUCCGCACGGUGAAAUGAUUAUCUUUGGCCUGUCCACCUCGGUGCUGAUGUACUGCUAUCGGCGCAACCGUCAGAAGGACUAUCGGGAUUCAAUGUUCGACGUGGUACGGUUUGCGAUUGGUGAUAGCGAGGUAAUGAAGGGUGAUGUCGGUGUAGCACCAGCGGCGGCGGUGACCGAUGCCGAAAGCACUCGAGCGGAACGAUCAACGGCGACAGUGACCAGGAAGCCAAGCUCCUCGUAUCCCUUUAUUCAGGCUGUGCUGCGUGCGUACCUACAGCUAACGGGCCACCUUAAGGCUCUCGGGAAGCACAAGCUCUGCCGGCAUCGCCAUAGCUGCCUCUACGAUACGCUCUCUAGUGGUGUGCGCAUGUUUUCGAUGGGUCUCGGCAUCCAGGUGGUAAUGAAGUUGGUGCUACAGCUACGCAAAUUCAUCACUCGACCGGCCCUGAUUCGGAAAACGUUCCUUAACAAGGAAAUUGCUCGAUUGGGGCUUUUCCUCGGAGGAUUUACCUCGAUCUAUAAGAUGUCUUCCUGUUUGCUGCGUCAUUUUACUGACAGUGAUAGUCCAUUGUUUGCCUUCCCGAGCGGAUUACUAGCUAGUCUUGCAUUCGGCUUUUACGCUGACAACACCAUUGCCUUGUACAUCAUGUGGAAAACGUUGCAGAUAACGUACAACUGGGGAAUUGAACAAGGAUAUCUUCCGAAAGUACCUGGUUUCACCGUGCUAUUGUACUCUGCCAGUACGGCCCUGCUCUUCCAUGCUGCCACUAUCGAGCCCAAGAACUUACGGCCAAGUUAUUGGAAGUUCCUGCAUUCCAUCUCCGGAGGACGCAUUUGCAUCAUGGACCGUAGUGGCUUCGAUGUUUACGGUCUCGACACAACCGGCCAGAUACGCAUGAUGAUGGAUCUUUGCAAAACGAAACCAAUACUGCAGGGUCGUCUGAGCUAGUUUGAGAAUGGUUGUUCCUGAACCGGCGGCCUGAAGCUGUGAAUCAAAGAUAGGCGACCAAAAACGUUAAACAUUUUGUCGUUACGCACGAAAUUCAACGAACAAAAGAUGAUUGGAGUUCAUUAGUGGCUUAACAAAAAUGGCACGCAAAAGUCAUUGGCAGAAGCUGCCGGCGAGCACUAUCCAGAGCGCACUUAACCAUAUGCGGGUCCCAAUUAGUUUGUAAGCGAAAUGUAUAGUUUAUGCUUGUUUGAAAUCGUGUGGUGGUUUUUGUUGCCUUUACGUUGAGGAGCGUUCUGUUGCGUAGAGCUCGUUGUUACUAUCGAUACGUUUGUUAUAGUUUGCCACGAUUUCACGUCCCAAUUAGUUCCACGUGGGCUUGGAUUGCUUUUGUUUUGUGACGCAAACCAAAAAGUUAAUUGGUUGGAGCAGUAAAUAACAGGGAAUAAAGGGCUCGGAAGCGAUGUUUUAAAUUAA